AUGGCCGAGCUCUUGGCCCUACUCAGGGGCCCGAAUCGUGCAUUUUCAAGCUCCACCCCGCCUCUUGCACACUGGUCAAUGGUCGACCCUGCUCUUUGGGUCCCGCCAACCCAUGCACAAAUAAGCAACAUCGCGACUGCCCCAGCACCAACUGUCAUUCUGGCCCCCAUUCCUCCCCCGAUGCACGUUCUAGCGAUCCACCCAGUCGACAUCCUCCAGCCGUCGUCCACUAUUCCAGCAAUCGUCCCGCUUCUACCAAUGACGAUUCCAACGCCGGACCCGGCUAUAUUUGCACCGCCUCCCAUGUCUGUGCCGGCCCCGGCCAUAAUCUACACGAUUCCUCCGCCGAUGGCCUUCCUGGCAUCGAGCGCCCCUGCUCCUGCUCAAACUACAGAGCAUUUCUCAUUCCUCACUCUACAACCCCACAUCAGCCUCCACUACCAAGUUCCACCACCUAAUAACAUUCAUUUUCCCUGA